AAAAACGUGACAGUCAAUGCAGUCGUAAAGACGCGACGAAAAUGGCUACAUGUGUAAUGCUACGUUGCUUGUCUUCCAACUUUACCUCUGCCCUGCCCUUGCUCUACAGUUCGGCACAGCUAACUCCCUCUCGGCUGGUAUCCAGGGCAUAUGUACUACGGACUCUGUCCACUACCACCCGACUCUCAUCAGCUCUUAAAUUCACAGACAAACACGAAUGGAUACGAGUAGAGGGAGAGGUAGGGACGGUUGGCAUCAGCAAAUUUGCUCAGGAGGCUCUAGGAGAUGUGGUGUACUGUGGACUACCAGAAGUUGGCACACAGCUGGCACAGACUGAUGAAUUUGGAGCGUUGGAGAGUGUGAAGGCAGCCAGUGAGCUGUACUCUCCUCUAACCGGGGAAGUCACAGAGGUCAACACACUCCUGGCAGACAACCCUGGCCUCGUCAACAAGUCCUGCUACAAAGACGGUUGGCUGAUGAAGAUGACCAUUGCCAACCCUAAGGAGCUGGAUGCUCUGAUGGAUGAGAAGGCUUAUGAGAGAUACAUCAGAUCCAUAGAAGACUAGCACCGCUUAGCCGCAACCCUUAGCACCCCCACCCCCUCGCCUGCCUAUCAAUCGCUACUAGAGAGAAAGUGCACCAGUUGUGCCGGGAGUCAGAUGUGACACUACACCGUGAAACCACCAGAAACGCCAGAGGAGCAGCCGAGCGCAUCGAUAUUGAUUUACCAGUGUUAUUGUGGUCUGAAUGUUAGGAGCCUUUAGUGUACUGGUAAUGAAUGUGACCUAAUGGGGAUGCUGGGGGCAAAUGUCUUACACACGUAGCAUGACUGAUAUGGCUGAUGUGGAGUGAUACUGUACGAGUCCUGAUGCAGUCUCUGGAUGAAUCUCAAGUCUUACCCUUGAGUCCUUGUGUCCUCUCUCCGCCUCCUUAAAACAUUAGAGGGUUUUGUUCUGAUGUUUUGAGGAGUUGAGGACACAAAUAAUUGAGGAAAAGGCUUAAGAUUCAUCCUCAAUCUUCCACUCAAAGCCUGCCCCAAGCACAGGGGAUGAGGAACUUAUGCUGCAUUCAUAAUUAAGUGGGAAGGUGUUAAUUAUACCAGUUGUGAAAUAAUGAAUACCAGUUGGAUGUAUUCACAUGCUUUUAACUCGUUGAGAAGUGCUGGUUGGCUAAUGGCCAACAAGCUGUGUCAAACAAACUAAAAGACAAGCUAUCAUGCUUGUAAACAAAUGAGUGUUCAAAAACAUAUUAAUAGAUUUGCUUUUUAUAAAUUAAUGUUUUGUUACAUUUAAUUGCCGAAAAUGCUGUUUGAGGUCAUUUCCUUAGUGGGUGACUCCAGAGGUCAGCAGAAGUCGGAGCUCAGGGAUGAUAGACGAGUUUCCCACUAGUAAUUACGAGUUGUAGGGGGGUUCAAGUGGAUUUUUCCCAGUCGUACGUGGUAAAUACCACCUUCCCACUUGGUUAUGAAUGUAGCAUCAAGACUGAACACUACUGGGAAAAAUUGUCCUCAGAAUGUCACUCUAUCAAAUACAGCUGUCAGGAUCAGUCCAUCUGGAGGGGAAGGGACUAACAAUAAAGCACUUUGGAUCUGGAGCAGGCUGGUUUCUACUAUAUGUUGUGCCUCUGUAUGCACAUCAUGUACUGGCACUAUGGAGAUGAGACAUAGAAAUAAAACUCUUGACUUGCA